AUGUUCAAGCCGAGAUUACGGAUACCCCGAGUGAGCCUGCCAUCGACGCAGCGCCAGGCCCCUGCCUCUCGGUUCUUCGCCCGCCGCGAUCUGCAUACCGUGCCAGGUCUUUCCAUUGCCGGCUCGCCGUCGACCGAAGGUAUCCGCGGUCUGCUGUCCGAAGAUGGCUUCAACCUCGCCUACACACAAUAUAUGCAAUUUGCAACCGAGAAGCUCAAUAUCUUGACUGCAGGUACCGAGCUCGAGCAGACGCCCACGAGGCAGAUCAUCAACAGGACAGCGCGCGAACCCUCGCAAGCCCCCAUUUUCAACUAUGCCUCCAUGUUGCACAACAACCACUUCUUCUUUGACACCCUAAAGGCCAAAGAGGAGCCCACGACCCAGCAGCGCGAAGCCGGCGAAGAGCCCCAGAACCCGAUACCAGCUCAGCUCAAGACCUCCCUCGAGGCGUCCUUCAGCUCCAUGGAGACGCUGCGCCUCGAGAUGAGCGCCAUUGCCAACUCCAUGUUCGGCCCGGGCUUCGUCUGGCUCGUCAAGGUCCGCAAGGCCGAGUCGUACCGCAUCCUCACCACCUACCUGGCCGGCUCGCCCUACUCGGACGCCCACUGGCGCCGCCAGCCCGUUGACGCCAACACCAUGGAAGGCCCCGCCUCGUCCGAGAAGACGGGCUUGGCUUCCGAGUACCUCGACCGUUCUGGUCUCGGUGCCGGCGCCAGCAACGGCUCCCAGUGGAGCAAGAACGUUGCACCCGGCGGUAUCGAUGUGACCCCGAUCCUCUGCCUCAACACGUGGGAGCACGUAUGGCUCCGAGACUACGGCAUCGGCGCUGGUGGUUACGGUGGAAAGAGGCAAUUUGUUGAGAACUGGUGGGAGUGCAUUGACUGGGAGAAGGUGAGCAACAUUGCCAUGCCCAAGAGGGAACUCAGGGUAUAA